CUUUCUGCAGAGAACGCGUAUGAUGUGCAGGACAGGAAGGUUCCUGUCGAUGAUGGGGAAAUUACCGUCAGGUGCAUCGUUCCUGUGGUCGCAGAUGAGCGUGAGACGUUCCCUGUGCUCGUGAAUAUGCAUGGAGGAGGGUGGAGUGUUGGCAGCGUAGAGCUCGACGAUUACUUCCUUCGCAAGGUGGCCGUCGAUCUGAAAUUGUCCAUCGUAAACGUCGAUUAUCGUCUUGCACCUGAAUGUCCCUUCCCAACUGCUGUGAUUGACUGCUUGGCAGCACUCAAAUGGACGGCCUCGAACACCGCUCUCCUCAAAGGGGAUCUCAGCAAGGGCUUUCUUGUCUGCGGACAUUCCGCUGGCGCUAACCUUGCUGUGGUGCUCGCACACGAAGCACGAGACGACCCUUUCUUUCAAGGGCCCGGACGUCAACUCACAGGCCAAAUCAUUCGCGAGCCGCUUGUGAUCCAUCCCGAUGCGUAUCCCGAGAAAUUGAAGUCUGAGAUGCGUUCAAUGGAGGAGAACAAGCACAUGCCUCCACUCACGCGCGCCACCGCCGAUUUUGUCGUUGGCGUUUACAACCCCAUCCGAAGCGACCCGCGGUUCUCGCCGCUCCUGUACGCUUCGCACCGCGGCCUGCCGCGUGCGUUCGUGCAGGGCAUGGCGCUCGACAUACUUCGCGACGAUGCGCGCGUGUACGCCAAGGCGCUACGCGAAGCUGGGAUUGAGUGUCGCCACAUUGAGUACCCUGGAGUCUCGCACGGAUUCCACUACAACUACCCGGCGAUCAAGACAGCUAUCAAGGUCCGCGAAGACCUCGUACAGGGGAUCAAAUGGGUGCUUUCCAAGGACUCGGAGGCGUAG